UUUUUCUCGAUGUUCAACACCGUGGUCCAUCAAGACGUUGAUUUGACAAGAAUCGAGAAAUUCCAACACCUUCGAUUAAGUCUACGUGAUGCCGCCCUGGAUACAAUUCGGUCGUUAGAAAUAAGUGAACCCAACUAUGAUAAGGCCAUUUGUUUAUUGAAGGCUCGGUUCAAUAGUAAACGUUUGAAUUUCCAGGCUCUUAUCAGAGAUAUUGUUCAGCUGAAGAGGGUAGAGGGUGAAAAGGUAGCCAAACUUCGUGAACUCAGCGAUGAUCUAAAUGCUCACUUGCGCGCGUUGCAGACUGUGGGAACAAAGGAGCAGAUCGCCGACUGUUUAUUAAUUCAGCUAGUUUCUCAAAAGGUGGACAUGAAGUCUCGUGCCAAAUGGGAAGAGCAAACACCUGCAAACGAAAUACCAACGUGGGAUUCGAUGGCUACAUUUUUAGAACAACGCUGUCAGCGACUGGAAAAUGUAGAAAACGCUCUUGCGACGCCGGAAAAACAGGUAGGAAAGAAACUGUCUUAUAACAACAACAAUCGCAAGGUUUCGUUAACAUCGGCUGCAGUUGGGUGUACAUUAUGCAGCUCUAGCGAACAUCGAAUUGCAAAUUGUGAACGAUUUUUAGGCCUGUCGCCUUUAAUGCGUUACAAAGAAGCAAAAAGGUUGCACCUUUGCUUGAAUUGCUUGAGACGUGGUCACUCUCUUAAGGACUGUAAGUCCGGCCAGUGUAGGUAUUGCUCGUCGAAGCAUCACAGUCUGCUUCAUCAAGACACAAAUUCAUUUGCGAAUUCUUCUGAAACAUUGACGUGUGCUAAAUCCCCAUCGCAAGCACAAGCAACAACAAUGCUCCCCACUUCUAUGCACCCGUAUUUGCCACAUUCGUCUUCAACCUUCGGCCCAUCAGCUUCUGCACUUGUCAGCUCUGAAGCUCAAGCUAGCUUUGCUAACCGAGAUUUCGUUCUCUUAGCAACUGCCAUCAUUUAUUUAAAAAAUCGAUCUGGCUCUCUCAUUCCCUGCAGAGCUUUGCUAGAUUCUGCGUCACAACUCAACUUCGUAACUAAUCGACUUGUUAGUCAGCUUCAGUUAAAGAAAGUUAACUCGUCACAGUUCAUUUCUGGCAUAGGCCAAAAUGAUUUCACCACCAAUCAUAUCGUUGAUUUAAGGCUCCAUUCGCGUGUUACUGAUUAUACGGCUAACUUGACAGCAGUCGUCACAUCCACCAUUACCGAUAUUCAACCAAGUCGCUCGUUAAAAUGCGUUGAUUGGAACAUACCUUCGAAUAUACGCUUAGCGGAUCCUUUUUUUUUUUAACCUCAACGCAUUGACAUGCUCAUUGGAGCUAGCUUAUUUUUCGACCUACUUUGCGUUGGUCAAAUACGCUUGGCUGAAAGUAUGCCAAUUUUGCAAAAAACCAAAUUGGGUUGGAUAGUAUCGGGCGCAACUGCGUACAACGCUGCAAAAUUAUCGUGCCUAACAGCCAUCGACAUGGCUCUAACAAAUGACUCUGAUGUCGAAUUAAACAAAUUAGUGGAACGCUUUUGGGAAGUAGAAACCUGUAAAGAAUCUUCGCCAAAGACUACGGCAGAAGAAGAUUUGUGUGAAGCUCAUUUUUUAAAAAACUACAGACGUUUAAAAUCCGGUGAGUUUUCUGUUCGAUUACCAACAAAAUUACCUUCGUUCGAACUGGGAGAGUCUUAUCAGCAGGCUGUUAAUCGGUUCAGAGCUUUGGAACGAAGAUUGCAGCGAAAUGCUGAACUUAAAAAACAAUAUUCAUCGUUUAUCAAGGAGUACCUUGAUUUGAAUCACAUGUGAGUCGUUGACGCUAUACCAAGCAAAGUUCCUAUAAAUUUUUUGCCGCAUCAUUGCGUUUUAAAGGCCGAUAGCACAACAACAAAACUGCGUGUGGUGUUUGAUGGCUCGGCGCCCACUAGCACUGGACGUUCGCUGAACUCGAUCCUGAUGAAAGGACCAACCAUUCAACAACAACUUUUUGAUAUUUUGCUCUGAUUUCGUACAUUUAAAAUUGCUCUUACAGCAGACAUUUGUAAAAUGUAUCGCUGUGUAAGAAUGUCUUAUCCAGAUAACUUUCUUCAAUGCAUAAUAUGGAGAGACAGCCCUAAUGAAGAGUUCCGUAUUUUUAAAUUAGAUACCGUCACCUAGGGAACAAAGCCUGCCUCUUUUUUAUCGAUUCGAUCGAUGCAGCAACUUGCCCAGGACGAAGCGCACCUCUAUCCGGUUGGCGCUGAAACAAUAAAACAUGCAUUCUAUGUUGAUGAUAUGAUAUCCGGCGCCGACUCGGUGGACGAAGCCAAGGUUAUGCUAAAUCAGACGAGGAAGUUGCUGUCUCUUGGAAACUUUCAUUUGAGAAAAUGGUGCUCAAACGAUAAUCGCGUUUUGACUGAUAUAGCAGCUAAUGACAAACAGGAAUUCCUAAAGUUCGAUGAUGAUACACACAUAACAAAGGCACUUGGAUUGGUUUGGGACCCCAGUUUAGACGUUUUUAUAUUUUCAUUUUCGCCUUUUGCAACGCCGGCCAAGGUAACUAAGCGUACUAUUCUUUCAGCCAUUGCUAGACUGUAUGACCCGCUUGGUUUGAUCGGACCUGUGGUGGCCAAGGCCAAAAUAUUCCUGCAGCAGUUGUGGAAGGAGGAGCUACAUUGGGAUGAAAGCCCAUCGCAGGCAAUACAAUCGGAAUGGCUGGAAAUGUGCAGUCAAUAUAAGCUAGUUGCACAUUUUAGUUUCGACCGAUACCUGCUAAUGCCCGAAGCUGACCUACAGAUGCAUGCCUUUUGUGAUGCAAGUGUUGCUGCUUAUGGGGCCUGCAUAUACAUACGAGCUGAAAGAGAAGGAUACAUUCAGACCAAUCUGCUUUGUUCCAAAUCGCGCGUUGCCCCGCUUAAAACUCUUACGGUACCAAGGCUUGAGCUGUCUGGAGCAUUGCUGCUAGCCGAAUUGGUCUCCAAGGUAAUCAAUUCCAUGCAUUUCAAAGGCAGGAUAUUUUGCUGGUCGGACUCCACAAUAGUACUGUCGUGGUUGCGUAACGAGCCAGCCAACUUCAACGUUUUUGUCGCUAAUCGCAUUCACGCAAUUCAAACCCUAACUAAAGGAAUGACCUGGAGCUACGUUCCAACUGAGUCCAACCCAGCAGACAUUAUUUCAAGAGGAGUUAGUCCGAAGGAGCUGUUGAACAUGGACUUAUGGAAAUACGGACCAUCUUUUCUUGCCAGCAGUCAACAUAACUGGCCGAAAUCUCCUCUUCUACCAAUAAAUGACUGCCCGGAAAGUCGAAAGCGUGCUGUUGUAUUUGUUACCACAGUAGACAUUUCAUUAAACUGCAAAUUUGUUAAUUCUUUUGUUCGCUUACAGAGAGUAUAUGCCUACGUUUAUCGAUUUUCUCGACCAGCUGUAAGGAGAUGUUCUGGAUUCCUCACCACCAUGGAAUUACAAGAAGGAACCUUUUUGCUUAUUCGCAUGAUACAGAAAACACAUCUUCGAGACGAGUACAAAGCACUCGAAGCUAGAGAGGUGGUAAAGACUUCAUCUGAAAUUCGUUCGCUUAACCCGUUCCUCGACGAGCGUGGAUUGCUUCGAGUCAGCGGAAGACUUCAAAAUUCGGAUUUGGAGUUUUCAUCGAAACACCCAAUUAUUCUGCCAAAACGUCACCCGGUGACUGA